UUGCCUAACCCAGGAGCCCUCACGUCUGCUUGGCUCGGAAGGGCACACUCCACUAGCUCACUCCACUAGUUUGUCCUUCUACUUUAUGGACCUUUAAAGCUACUCAGUCAAGACUUUACAAUAGUUAUCAGUGAUUAAGGUGUUUGUGUGUGUGUGUGUGUGAAGUGAUCUUACCAGAGGUGUGUGUGUGUUGACGUGACAGACGAGCCACCCUACAGCACUGUCUUCUCCUACAGCCAGACAUACACACAUCAUGGAUCACUCAGAUGAUGGUGUGUGUGGCGGCGGGGGAAGCACCUUAACCCAACAAGGUGACCCCAAUCAUUGUUCGCUACAGGAGAUGGGUGAGGACGUGUUCUCCCCGGAGCAACAGAUGGCGCUGCUUAACGCCUCGGGACACGAACCCAGACUGUGGGAGCCGGUGUCACCCAACCAACACACCUAUAUUGGCAUAUACCUUAUUGUUGUGGGAGUGCUGGGGACCUUCGACAACGCCCUGGUGGUGGCCAUGUUCGUCAGGUUCCGGGUCCUACUGACGCCCUCCAACCUCCUGCUGCUCAACCUCUGUCUCUCUGACCUCGGCAUCUGUCUCCUGGGCGGCUUCCCCUUCAGCGGCGUCUCAUCACUAGCAGGAAGGUGGCUGUAUGGAGACUUCGGCUGCCAGUACUACGCCUUCAUGGGCUUCCUGAUGGGGAUAGCCAACCUGACGACGCUCCUGAUGAUAGCCCUCGACCGCUACCUGGUUACCUGCAGGCAUGACCUCCGUGCGGUGGCGGAGUGGGUACAGCUCUCGGCUUCAGUCCCCAAGAUCACAGGAGGGAAGAUGACCUACAAAACUUACUAUCAAAUGAUCGCCUUCAUCUGGCUGUGGUCUCUCUUCUGGUCAGUCUGUCCACUCCUCAGCUGGGCCAGCUACGGGUAUGAGCCAUCAGUGACCACCUGUACAAUCAACUGGCAACAGAACGACGCCAGCUACAAGUGGUACAUCAUGACGGUGUUUGUGGUGGUUACGGUGCCUCUGAUCCUCAUGUGCAGCUGUUACUACCAGGCCUCCCGCUUCCUUCACCAGGCUCACGAGGUCGGCGAGUCCAUCUAUGCUUAUGACUGGUACACAAGCAGUUCAGUUAAUGGAAUGGGCGUAGUGUUAGUGGUGGCGUAUCUCUUCUGCUGGUCUGCGUAUGCGGUGUGUGUGACCGUGUUCCGUCACCCUUACACCGUGCCUCUCAUUCUCACCUUGUUGCCGCCCCUCCUAGCUAAGGUGUCACCAGUCCUUAACCCCAUCAUCUACUUUCUCCCACCCACGCCUGAGGAAGGGAGAUGAUGGCCACCCUCACCUGCUGCCUGAGAGCCUCCUCCAGAGCUCUUGGAACUCCCGGAGACCAAGAGCAUGACCGAACACAAAUGACACCUCCACGGGCGCCUUCCUCAGCCACGGUGGGAGAUGGGUCAACUGACGCCGGUGGAGAAGAGGAUAUAUGAUGAGUCCCUGUGGAAGGAGACACCCA